CUUCCGUCGGAUCCCGUCCACCAUCUGGCUCUUCCUUCUCCUCGCCCUCGUGCUCGUCGCCAGCGUGCGUCCCACUCCCAUCUCUUCUUCCUCGGUCCUCUCCUCCGGGAUCCUCCAUCGCGAGGACCUCCGCAGGUCAGGCCCGAAUCCUGCACAAACCGGCUUCAGCCGAUGCUUCUGGCCGACCCGGGCGCUCUUCCCAGCCAUGUCGCGGAGCGGAGAUGCGGUGCCCAGGCAGCGGGCUGUCAAUUCGACGAGUCACUCAAGGAAGGCUGAUGGUGCUUCUGUGAAUGUGAGUAAUACACCACAUGAAACUGUCAAACAUUGCCACGGUGAAGAAUUGGAAAACAUAGGAGAGCCACUUCGCAAGAAUGAUGGCCACUGCUUCAAGGAUAGCUGCAAUAACACAAAUUCUGAAGUCAUCGCCAGAGUAAAAUGGUCAGAAGAGGAAAAUAAGAUACUCACUCAUAUGAUCAACAAACAUGGGCUGAAAAACUGGCAAACUGUCGCACAUGCUAUACCGGGCCGAAGUGCACCGCAAUGCCGACAAAGGUGGAGAUACAAAAUAGACUCUGCAAUAAACAAGGAGGCAUGGUCGGAGCAGGAGGAGUUGAGACUGAUUCGUGCUCAUCAAAUUUAUGGAACUAAGUGGCGUGAAAUGGUCAAACAUUUUCCUGGGAGGACGAAUGGCGCAAUCAAAGAAUACUGGAGAGGCCCAAUGAAAAGAAAGUUGAAUUCAUAUUUAGCUUCAGGGUUGCUUGAUCAAUUCCCGGAUGAUCUUGAAAACCUGUCAGUAUCACAGAACAGUGACUCGGAUAUUCUGAAAGACACUAAAGGUUUGUCCAAUAGAAAUGAAAUGACAUCAGCUGUACCAACAAGUUCCAAAUCUGAAAUGGGCUUCACAGAAACAGGUGAAAAUGCUGAUGCAUCGGAGGGAGAAAGUGCAGAUUUGAUGUAUGUUAGAGGAGUUGAUGCUCCUUCAGCCAAAUCCCCUCAAAAGAUAAUUGAAAGAUCCGAGCAGCAUGCAAAAACCAAAAGGAAAUUGGAUUUUCUGUCAAACCCAGUGGAGCUUAAGGCGUCCACUUUUGCAGUAAACUCUCCGAGGCCUUCACAGGAAAGGGAACAAGUGAUUCCAGCCGUUGCUGGUAUCUGUCCUUCAAAUGGAUGCCAUGAUAUUUUACCAGAAGUCCCGUCGGAUUGUGCAGACACACUUUUAUCACAAACUGGUUGUUACCAAUCCACUGAUAUUUAUUCUGCAGAAUUCUCAGAUCCCUCAGAUCCAUGUUCACUAGAGCUAGACAUAUCAGAUCUUAUGGAGAUGUCAUACUUUGAUAACUUGAUGAUUUUUCCUCCUGGUUCUCCACAUGAUGGUAACUCCAUAUAAUAUGUGGAAAGUGAUACUGACAAAAGGUACAACUUCAGAUGGUUUCAGUUGCACUCUUGUAGCAGAAUAGGCGAUGAACUAAACUUACUGUUAUUGUUAUCGCCCUGUAAAUUGACAGUGUAUGAUUAUCGUCGUGUCGGAUGAAAAUUUUAGCUGGAGAAAAAGAACGGUGCUGUUCAUGUCAUAGUUACUGUCGCUGGUUUGAAGCAGAUAACUAUUUUUGUAGUUCUGCCACUUGUUUGAUAUUUUAAGCAAGGGUUUCCAGCAUUGCCAAACUAGCAAACUGAAAAGCAGACAAUCUAUCUUUGUUGUUGCGCAAUUCUGA